AUGAAAUUUUUCAAUAAAAAUAUUUUAAGUUAAAACUAAUAAUAGUUUUUAAUAAAAUUGAAUAACUUUAGAAUUGUUUAAAUAAAUUUAUUGUUUCAUAAAAAUGAGUGUAAAAAAUCAGAAUGGGAAACAAAUUCAUGAGAAUUUGCAAACCGCAGAAAAAUUAAAUUGGUGGGUGAUUUUCAUUGCAGUGCUAGCUUUAACAUUCUUUAGCCGAUAUUAUAAAGUAACCGAACCGGACCAUGUUUGCUGGGAUGAAACUCAUUUUGGUAAAAUGGGAAGUUGGUAUAUUAAUCGAACUUUCUUCUUUGAUGUUCAUCCACCAUUAGGAAAGAUGCUAAUUGGUUUAUCAGGAUUACUUACUGGUUAUGAUGGUAAUUAUCCGUUUGAAAAACCUGGUGAUAAAUACAAUGAAACAAGAUAUGAAGGAAUGCGAAUCUUUUGCACAACCCUGGGAGCGUUAGUUGUUCCAAUGGCAUUCGAUACUGUUUGGGAUUUAACAGGAUCUAAUAAAGCUUCUAUAAUUGCAGCAGCUUAUUUAAUAUUUGAUGUUGGUAUGCUUACAUUAAAUCAAUAUAUCCUUUUGGAUCCAAUUUUAUUAUUCUUUAUGGUUGGUUCUGUAUGGGGUAUGAUUAAAAUAUCAAAAUUAACACAAAUGAAUGAAUCUUAUACCAAAUCAUGGUGGUUGUGGUUAUUUUUCACUGGAACAAUGCUAUCAUGUACAAUUAGCACAAAAUUUGUUGGAUUAUUCGUUGUUCUUUUAGUUGGUUUACACACAAUUAGUGAAUUAUGGACAAUAUUGGGAGAUCUGAAUAAACCAAUUACUGAGACAAUUAAACAGUUAAUUUGCCGUGGAAUCACUUUAAUCAUAUGGCCAAUCAUUUUAUAUAUAACUUUCUUUUAUAUCCACUUAAUAGUAUUAAAUCGUAGCGGUAAUGGUGAUGGAUUUUAUAGUUCAGGAUUUCAGUCUAGACUAAUUGGUAAUUCUUUGUAUAAUGCAAGUAUGCCAAGGGAAGUAGCAUAUGGUUCAAUUGUUACAAUAAAAAAUCGUAAAACAGGCGGUGGUUAUUUGCAUUCACAUUCACAUUUAUAUCCAAAGGGUGUUGGAAGUAGACAACAACAGAUAACAACUUAUACACACAAAGAUUACAACAAUAAAUGGGGAGUGAAGCAUUAUGAUGUAGAAUCUCGUCCAGGAGUGCAAAUUCUUAAACAUGGUGAUUUGGUUCGUCUAGAACAUGUACCUACUAGACGUAAUUUACAUUCACAUAGAGAACCGGCACCAUUAACUAAAAAGCAUCAUCAGGUUACUGGCUAUGGAGAGGAUGGUGUAGGUGAUGCUAAUGAUGUUUGGAGAAUAUUUAUUGUUGGUGGGAAGGAAAAUGAUACAGUAUUGACUGUAACUACAAAAUUUAUUCUAGUACAUUAUUUACAAAAUUGUGCGUUAACAUCAACUGGUAAACAAUUACCAGUAUGGGGUUUUGAGCAACAAGAAGUAACAUGUAAUCCUAAUGUAAGAGAUAAAAAUGCAUUUUGGAAUGUUGAAGAAAAUAUUAAUGAAAAUUUACCAAGUGUCAAUUUUGCUAUAUAUGGACCAGGAUUUUUUGAAAGAUUUCUUGAAUCUCAUGCUGUUAUGUUUCAAGGUAAUGCUGGUCUUAAACCAAAAGAAGGAGAAGUAACAAGUAGACCAUGGCAAUGGCCAAUCAACUAUAGAGGACAAUUCUUUUCGGGACCUCCUUAUCGUAUCUAUUUGCUAGGAAAUCCAAUAAUCUGGUGGAGCAAUUUAAUGUUUUUGUUACUGUUUUUAAUCGUUUUCUUUAUAACCGCUAUUAAAGAAAGACGUCAAGAAGGUCAUUUUAAUAGAAAAAGAAUAAUGAUGGAAAAAGAAGAAAAGGAUAAAAUAAAAAUAAAAGAGAAAAUAAUAACUGAAUUAGCUGAAGAGGAACAACAGGAGAACCGAGAUGAUAAUAUAAAGACAAGUAAAAUAAGUAAAUAUUCAACAAUUUUAACUGAUGCUUCUACAACAAAAAUAAUAAGUGCAGAUACACAUAAAACGGAAAAAGGGAUUCAAAUUCGAAAAUAUCAGAAACAACAACAGCAACAACAAAAUCAAAAACUUAAACAACAUGAUGAUUCUAUUUCAACGUUCUCAAGCAAUAAUGACAAUAUUAUUAAUGAAAAAGGAAAUGGUACUGAUAGCAAAGAUAUUGGCAGGGAUCCUAAUUUGCAACAGCGAAAAUAUCAAAAAAAUAAUAAUAUUACUGACAAUAGCAUCAAAAAUAGUAGUGUUACUGGUGGUACCAUCAUAAUCAGUAAAUCAGCGAAGAAUGAACAAGUUGACGUUAAAAGAAAAUCUUUAAAUGCAGCUGCAUGGCUUUUUAUCGGUUGGUUAUUCCAUUAUUUACCAUUUUGGGCAAUGGGUAGAGUUUUAUAUUUUCAUCAUUAUUUUCCAGCUUUAAUAUUCAAUUCAAUGUUAACAGGUGUGAUGUUCAAUUAUAUAACUGAACGUUUACCAAGUUGGUUACAGCAUACAAUUUUGGGUAUUUUAUUAUCAAUUUUAGUUUACAGUUUUAUGCUAUUUUCACCACUUUCAUAUGGAAUGACAGGACCAUUAGCUAAUGAACCAAAUUCUACAAUGUAUGGCCUCAACUGGAUGUCCACAUGGGAAUUUUAACAGAAAUAAAUAUAGCAAAAUAAAAAAUAAAAAAAAAAGAGAGAAGCAAGAAAAUUUAUUGUUGUUUGUUGUCAUAAUACAAUAUAUUUUUAUACAUGUUAUAUACAUACUUAUAUAUUUAUGUAAUUUUUGUGUAUGUCGUUAUAAAUGUCCAGCAUAUACGUAUAUUUGUACAUAAUAUUUAUAUAUUUAUUUUUUUUAUAUUAAAAUUGAAAUUUUUGUUCAUUAUGUUGUAUACAAUACAGUAAAUGAUUGUCAUUAUCGUUAUAUAAUCAUAAU